AUGACAAAGCGCAAUAUGUGGACUUACGACGAAACACUCGAGAUGUUAAACAUAAUGCUCGAACAAGAGAGCCUGAAAGCUAUGAACGGGAGACCGUUUCGCAAGGAUAAAGCUUUCCGCUUGAUCUGCGAGGAAAUGAUGCAGCGUGGAUACAACACCAAAGAUCCAAAACAGAUAGAGUACCGAUGGAAGAAUUUGAAGAAACACUACAUGGAAUUGCAGAGGGAUCCCAAUCUGAACGAUACCAAUCCAUUCCAAUACUACGAUGAGAUUGAUGUGCUGAUAAAAGGGAAACCACCCUCCACAAUGUCGAAACUAUACGAAUUGAGCAUCUCAAGGGUUGAACUGAAACCUAACAAAGACGCAGAGGGUGUGUUUACCGACACGAAUUCGCUUCCGACGAUGCAGGAGGAUUCCGAGGGUGAUAGCGUAAAAAGUGAGGAAAACAAUACAAAACCCGCGAUAGUAGCGCCAUCGCCGCAAGUUAAAUGUAGCCCAAGACGUUCCAAGCGCAGUAGAAAACCUCUAACAUAUCGCCCCAAUGAGACGCAAAUUACAUGUUUACCACCAUACAGCAUAACUACAGAACAAGAAGCGUAUCGAAAUCAGAAAAAAUUAAUCGAUUAUCAGUUCGGACUGUACAGCAAAGUGCAGGAAGAGUCGGAUCAGAAGUUUCUAGACAUGAGUCGACAGAUGCUUGACGAAUGCAAUGAAAGAUUUCAAUCGUUUGUAGAGAAGCUAGUAUCAGGAAGCUCUUCGGGUUCGUAA